AUGUUAUCAUCGCAACGUCGUCAUAUACUACAUGUAUGUUGUUUUCUAAUAUUUAUUUUUAUAUUUGAAAUAUUGGCCGGUGGUAUAAUUAUAUUUCCAUCAUAUCAAAUAUCUUCCACAUAUAUCACUGAUAAUCCAAUUGAAUACUAUGGUUUAUUCUCAACGAUAAUUAUUUAUUUUAUACGUUUAUUAUCUUUAUUACCAUUACCAUUGGCUAUAUGUCAUACAUGUGGUUUAGUUUUAUAUAAUGUUUUUCCUGAUCGACCAACAUUAGAAAAUUCACCAUUAUUAGGUCCAAAAAUUCGUAUACGUGUUGUAACACGUGGUGAUUAUCCAGAUUUAGUACGUGCAAAUGUUAAACGAAAUUUAGAAACAUGUGCAAAAGUUGGUUUAAAUAAUUUUCAAAUUGAAAUUGUUACUGAUAAAUCAAUAAGUUUAAUUGGUUUACCAACAAGUAUGGUUCGAGAAGUUGUUGUACCAAAUGAUUAUCGAACUAAAACAGGUGCAUUAUAUAAAUCACGUGCAUUACAAUAUGCAUUAGAACCUGAUGUUAAUCAAUUAUCACCAGAUGAUUAUAUUGUACAUUUAGAUGAAGAAACUUUAUUGACAGAAAAUUCUGUUCGUGGUAUAUUAAAUUUUGUUAAUUCAAAUCAAUAUGAUAUUGGACAAGGACUGAUAACAUACGCGAAUGAGACAAUUGUUAAUCAUAUAACAACAUUAGCUGAUAGUAUGCGUGUUGGUGUUGAUUUAGGAUGUUUAAGAUUUUGUUUAAAAAAAUUUCAUCAACCACCAUUCUUAUUUAAAGGAUCAUUUGUUGUAUGUCGAGCUCAAUGUGAAUUUGAAGUAACAUUUGAUAAUGGACGUGCUGGUUCAAUAGCUGAAGAUACAUAUUUUGCUAUGUUAGCUAUGUCAAAAAAUAAAAAAUUCGGAUGGAUUGAAGGUGAAAUGUGGGAAAAAAGUCCGUUUACAUUAGGAGAUUUUAUUAAACAACGUAAACGAUGGUUGCAAGGAAUUUUACUUGUUGUUCAUGAAAGACGUUUACCUAUUCGAGUUCGAAUUGGCUUAGGCAUCGCAUUAUAUUCCUGGGUUACAUUACCAUUAACUUCAUUAAAUGUUAUUCUUACUCCACUUUGUCCUAUACCUUUACAUUGGACAUUAAAUUUUUUGAUUGGUUAUGUUGGAGCUGUUAAUAUUUAUUUAUAUAUAAUUGGUGCAGUUCGUUCAUUUUCAUUAGUACGUUUAGGUUAUGCACAAUUUGCACUUCGAAUAUGUGGCACAUUAGCAACAAUUCCAUUUGUUGUUAUAUGCGAAAUAACUGCAGUUCUUUGGGGUUUAUUUAGUGACAAAGGAAAAUUUUAUAUUGUUGAUAAACAAUUAGGACCAAUGCUUAAUGUUUAA